GUAUGUACUAUGCAGAGUACAGUAUGGAAGAGAAGUGGGAAACUGGGAAUUACAAAGAUAGGCUAUGGGUUAUGGUUGAGCAAAAGAAAAGACAAUGGUAGAAAAAGAUUGGUGGUGGUGGGAAUCAAAGUGCGCACUAAAUGAAAUCGCACAAAAUCAGACACAUUUUUGUUUCUGAAAGCCAAAAAAAAAUUCAACAAAAUAAGAAAACCAUGCUCUUUGUGGGCCCAUCUCAGCCAUGGCCAAGAACUAGCCCCCACCUCCACACUUGAUACUCCCCUCAUCAUUUCCAUCAAGAACUCUUUCUCUAUCUCUCUCUCUCUCUCUCUCUCUCUCUCUCUUCCUCUAUCUCUCAUCAACAUUUGCACCCACAAAACAUUUCUCUCAUUCCACUUAAACAUAACCUCGUUUUUGGAAGUGUUUUCGUUCUUUUCUCAUAUAUUCAUGUGUUUUUUUUCCCUUUUGUAAUUAUUUCCAUAAGAUGGAUAUUAAGUUCCAUCUUGGGUUGAUGAGCAGUUAUUGGUGGUGAAGAAAGCUGAAUUUUUGUUGGAUUAUUUUUUUUAAUAUACUGUACAUAUUUAUUUAUAAUGGGAAAUUGUUGGUGUAGAUGGGAGCCUUCAGUUUACAGAGUUUCAUCAAAUGCAAAAUCAGAGUCUCCAAAAGACGAAAGCCCUUCAGGGAAACCAAUGAAUGAUAUUAGGAAGCUUCCAUCAAAUCCUGAGGAAGUAGAAGACUUGCGUCGCGAUUCAGCUGCAAAUCCAUUGAUUGCCUUUACAUAUGAUGAGCUAAAGGUAAUCACUGGAAACUUUAGGCAGGAUCGCGUUUUGGGUGGAGGAGGAUUUGGAAGUGUUUAUGAAGGAUUUAUUACUGAGGAUCUAAGGGAGGGGCUUCAGCCCCUUCCAGUUGCUGUAAAGGUUCAUGAUGGUGAUAAUAGUUAUCAAGGCCACAGAGAAUGGCUGGCAGAAGUCAUAUUUCUGGGGCAGCUUUCUCAUCCAAAUUUGGUGAAAUUGAUUGGAUACUGCUGUGAAGACAAACACCGGGUAUUAAUAUAUGAGUAUAUGGCUCGGGGUAGCGUGGAGAAUCAUCUAUUUUCAAGAGUAUUGCUUCCUCUUCCAUGGCAUAUUAGAAUGAAGAUUGCAUUUGCUGCAGCAAAAGGACUUGCCUUUCUCCAUGAAGCUGAAAAACCUGUUAUCUAUCGUGAUUUUAAAACAUCUAAUAUUCUGCUUGACCUGGAAUAUAAUGCAAAGCUUUCUGACUUUGGUCUUGCAAAAGAUGGACCUAUGGGAGACAAAACUCAUGUUUCCACACGCAUAAUGGGAACUUAUGGGUAUGCGGCACCUGAAUAUAUAAUGACAGGUAACUUUCCACGAAGGCAUCUUACUCCUAGAAGCGAUGUAUACAGCUUUGGUGUUGUUCUUCUUGAGCUUCUCACAGGCAGAAAAUCUUUAGAUAAAUCAAGACCAGCCCGAGAGCAGAACCUUCCUGAUUGGGCUCUCCCUUUGCUAAAAGAGAAAAAGAAAUUGCUCAACAUUAUAGACGCAAGAUUAGAGGGAGAUUACCCUAUUAAAGGAAUCCACAAGGCAGCUAUGCUAGCUUAUCAUUGCCUGAACAGAAAUCCAAAAGCAAGGCCUCUAAUGCGCGAUAUAGUUGAUUCAUUGGAGCCUCUGCAAGUUCCUGAAGAAGGCUCAAAUGGGAAGUCUGUGUUUACUGUGAUUAGUGUAGCAGAUGGCGAGUUAAAAAGAAAAGAAGAUUCACUGUAACUGACAUGGGUCUGAUUUUGUUUUUGUUAAGCUUCUUCUUCCAUGCAAAAGUAGAGUUUUUGCAUCAAAUAGCUU